AUAUCCGAUUACUUUUUUGUCACUCACGUUCACAUUGUUUACCUUUUCGCUGUGAAUGCCAAGUUUCAGUUGCGGUAAUCAAUAGCAAAUGUAGAGUUAUACAAAAUGCGAAAUUAUAUUCAAUUACGUCGGCUGGCAACACAGCCCAAAUUAGCCAGUGCAAAACGAAAAUGGAAAAGCGUUGUUGGUCUCGAAGUACAUGCACAGAUAGCAAGUGCGUCCAAAUUGUUUUCAGGCAGUGGUACGGCUUUUGGAGCACCGCUAAAUACUUCAGUAGCAUACUUUGAUGCAUCUAUACCAGGCACUUUACCAGUACUUAAUCGCAAAUGUGUUGAAUCGGGAAUUAAAACAUCUUUGGCGCUGGGCUGCCGUGUAAAUAAAGUAUCUAUGUUUGAUCGCAAGCAUUACUUCUAUGCUGAUUUGCCCAAUGGCUAUCAGAUUACACAACAACGCGCUGCUUUGGCAAAUGAUGGUCUUAUGACAUUUCCAGUUAUAACGCCCGGCAAGAAAGUUUACUACAAGUCUGUUAAACUGCUGCAAUUGCAAUUGGAGCAGGACAGUGGCAAGUCAUUGCAUGACGAGCAGCUAAAGCGUAGCUUGGUUGAUCUGAAUCGUGCUGGACUGCCGCUCAUGGAGUUGGUUUUUGCGCCCGAUUUGGAAACGGGUGAGGAGGCUGCAUCACUUGUCAAGGAACUAAUGUUGAUACUAAAGCGUCUGCAAACUUGUAGCUGCAAAAUGGAAGAGGGCGCACUGCGUGUGGAUGCAAAUAUAUCCAUACACCAGGAAGGCGAUCCAUUGGGCGUACGCACUGAGGUUAAAAACAUUGGCUCGGUGCGCAGCAUUUCACAGGCAAUUACAUUUGAGAUCAAUCGCCAACUUGAACUGGUGGCUGAGGGCGGUGUGAUAACAAAUGAGACGCGCUCUUGGGAUGCUGAGCAUAGAUGUACUGUGGCCAUGCGUGAUAAAGAAGUGCUGCAGGACUAUCGUUUUAUGCCGGAGCCCAACUUGCCGCCAUUGCAUGUCAACCUCAAGCCAGGCUGUUGCUCCACGGUUGAUUUGAUAUCAGUAGCUGAGCUGAGUGAAGAAAUACCCGAAUUGCCGGAGCAUACACGUCAGCGACUUGUCGAGCAGUAUAAACUGAAUGCAGAGACCGCCAUCAUUUUAGUUAACGAGCCUGUGCUGUUGGAACAUUUCUUGAGCACAAUCAAGAGCUUGCCGGAAGUGUCCACUAAACUAGUCACUAACUUUCUUAUUAACGACUUGUUAACCUACUGCAAUAAGCUUAACUUGAAUGUGGAGCAAUGUGCUAUCAGUUCUAAUUCGCUAAGCGAUAUUUUGAAAUUGCUGCAGGCAGAGGAAAUUAAUUUGCAAGCCGCGCGGCAGCUUAUACAGCUACUGCUAACCGAACCCCAGAGCGUUGUCAGCGAGCUUGUCAAGCAGCACAGUCUGCAACAGAUUAGCGAUUUGACUGCCAUCGAAGCUUAUUGCCGUCAGGCUAUAGCACAACAGCCCAAGGCUGUGCAGCAAUAUCAUAAAGGCAAAGCCAAGGCGCUAUUUGCCAUUGUGGGAGAGGUGGCCAAGUUAACGCAGCAGAAGGCAAACAUGAAAAUUGUUGUUGAAUGUCUGGAGAAAUUGUUAAAGUCUGACCAAAAGAAAUAAAACCAUUUUGUAAGUGUUACAAGUUUCUGU